CAGGAAAACUCCUUAAGCAGGAAGAGGAUUACAGCGCAGGGCAUUCUGGGUAAAUACAACCAAAACAAACGUGCUAGCCUAGCGCGAGAAACGAGGGGAAUAUGUUAAUGAAAGGUUUGGUUCCUUUAAUUCAGAGUAGUGUGAAAGGGAACCGCAGCAGCUGAAAAUGUAACAAAUGGUGCAGUUUUGGUCCCCAGUCAGAUUAUACCAGAUUAUCAGGUGUGAAAACUAAGACUCAAAAGAUGUAGAAACCAAAUACAGAGUGGCAAUAAUUGAAGAAAAUAAAUGGGAACAUUCAAGAAACAGGAUUGAACAAUUUCUUUGUAUCAAUCAUGGACAAAGAAAUUACCAGAAUAUGGCAACAUAAAUUCAUCGCAGGCAAAAACACAAUUAUUGUGAUUUUUUUCAGUCAAUAAUAUCAAAGACUAGAUAUUGAGACUAAAUCUGACUAAAUAAGAUUUUAUUUCUACCAUAAUUUCUACGAAGCCGAUGUAAGAAGUGUUCUGGUUGGAGCAACUAUAUGUUUCAUUUUCUUUUCAACAGGAAGCAUUUAUUUUAUUGAAGUUACAUAUUUAUCAUUACUUCUGCUUUUAAUCUACUUCUUCUGGCCUUUUCCCCAUUAUUCUUCCUACUAUUAUCGUUUUUAAUAUGAGAUCAUUGAUUUGAAGAGCAGCAGAGCCGAUGAGCACGAAGAGGGCGGCAUCAUCUUCCUCCCCCUCCUCCUCAUGCUCAGUGUGUGUGUGUUGGUGUGUGUGUUGGUGUGUGUGGGUUAGUGUGUGGGUGGGUGUGUGUGUGUGUGUACUCUCCCUCACUCCGCUGUUGGACUCUUCUUGCUUCGGACUCUGACUGAAGGCAGAAAAUAUGAAAUAAGAUUUUACACAACAACAAAGUUUUCGGCGGCCGGAGCGUCGAUGCGAAGCUUCUGCAGAAACUCGCCGGUUUUGUUUCCUCUUUUCUUGGGGAAGAAAACGGAAAUCUGGGGGUCGUGCCAUGGUCUGUGUGGAGGAUCUGCUCGGUCCAGGACCAUGACCUCCUCCAGCGGCAGAACCCGCUCUGCUCCUUCUCAAGGCGACCAAAUGACAUGAAGGAUUGAGGGUUUGAGGACACAGCACCCCCUGCUGGACUCCCGCUGCACCUACAGGCCAUGGCCGAGCCCAGUUACUCCGACCUGAUCGCCAAACAUUACAACUACACCGGCAAGUUUCGCAAGUCGACCCAGCAGGACUCGGGUCUGAAGGCAGACUCGGUGAUCUUCAUCAUCGUCUGCUGCUUCAUCAUCAUGGAGAACAUCCUGGUCCUGACCACCAUCUGGAGGACCAAGAAGUUCCACAAACCAAUGUACUACUUCAUCGGGAACCUGGCGUUGUCCGACCUGCUGGCCGGCGUCGUCUACACCGCCAACAUCCUGCUGUCCGGCGCCAACACCUACAAGCUGACGCCGACACAGUGGUUCUUCAGGGAGGGCAGCAUGUUCGUGGCGCUGGCGGCCUCCGUCUUCAGCCUGUUGGCCAUCGCCAUCGAGCGCCACCUCACCAUGCUGAAGAUGAAGCUGCACAACAACGGGAACACGUUCCGGGUUUUCCUGUUGAUCAGCACCGUGUGGAUGAUUGCGGCGGUGCUGGGCGGACUGCCCGUGAUGGGCUGGAACUGCAUCCGGAGCAUGCCGCAGUGCUCCACCGUGCUGCCGUUGUACCAUAAGACCUACAUCCUGUUCUGCACCACCGUCUUCAGCAUCAUCCUCAUGGCCAUUGUGGUGCUCUACGCCCGGAUCUACGCACUGGUGCGCACCCGCAGCCGCAAACUAGUCUUCCGCAAAGUCACCAACGGCCGAGGCAGCGCCAGCGCCAACAACAAGAGCUCGGAGAAGUCGAUGGCGCUCCUGAAGACCGUCAUCAUCGUCCUGAGCUGCUUCAUCGCCUGCUGGGCGCCGCUGUUCGUCCUGCUGCUGCUGGACGUGGCGUGUGAGACCCUGACCUGCCCCAUCCUCUACAAGGCCGAGUGGUUCCUGGCGCUCGCCGUCCUGAACUCCGCCAUGAACCCGCUCAUCUACACGCUGACCAGCAACGAGAUGCGCCGGGCCUUCCUCAAGACGCUGCUCUGCUGCACCGCCUGGAUCCGGCCCAAACCCAAGUUCACGGGACCGAUCAUGGGCGCGGAGUUCAGCCGCAGCAAGUCCGAUAACUCCUCACAUCCCAACAAGGAGGAGGCGGAGUACUCACCCAAGGAGACGACGGUGGUGUCAUCCGGGAACCUCACCUCGUCGUCAUAAACCCAGAGACUGGACGGGUCAGACUCAUUGGAUCGGAACUCUUUGGACUAAUGGAGACUCUCCAAACUGAUGAAACCCGAUUAGUGGAAAUCCACUCUGCAUGUAGCUCUUAAUGUCCGUAACUUUGAACCCCAGUCCAAUGUGAACUGGUGUUAUGGAUGAAACAGAACAUUUUCCUGAAGAGAAGGUGACGGAAUACUGGAAGCACUGGGAAGGUUUAGACCAGCUCUAGAAGGGAAAUGGGUUUUUUCUUUAACCAGACUUUAUUCUCCCCCUUCUAGACCAACUAAAACUUGUAGCACUUAUUUACACUACUGCCAAUUAUUUAAGAGAUUAGUUCCUAUAAAAUGUCUCUCCUCAUCCACUGCACUUAAAGAAACACCAUAAUCUGGAAACCUGGGUGUGAAAUCUCUGUAUCAGGGCCAGGCUGAGGAAAAAAAUCUAAUUACCAGAAUAAAGUUGUACAACAGUAAGUAAAAAAACGAGAAUAAAUGAAUAUUACUGGAAAAAAACUUAUACGCAAGUCAAAAAUACUAAAAUAAACUCAUUUCAAGAAAAAAGUUUGUACAACAUAAAGUCAUAUUAUGAGAAUACAGUCGUAACAAGCCAAGAAAAAAAGUCACAAUAAUAAAGUCAUAAUAAUACAUAAAAAGUCAUAUUAUUGCAAGAAAAAAAUCUUACAAAAAUAAAGCCACUAUAAAAUGAGAAUAAAUUCAUAAUAUUACAAGAAAAAGUCAAUAUUACCAGAAUAAAGUUCAACAAACAGUCAUAGUAUGACCGUAAGAAUGAGAAAAAAUCUGAAUAAAACGAGAAAAAAAUACAACAAAAAGUUUUAAGAAAAAAGUCAUAUGGCAAAAAUCAUGAUAUUAUGAGAAUAAAGUCGUAAUAAUAUGAGAAUGAACUCAUAUUACCAGAAUUGUUGUAAUAUUUGUAGACUGAAGUAGUAAUUUUAUAAUUCCUAUGAAAAAUAGUAAAGUAUAAUGAGGAAUAUUAGACAUAGGAAACUUAAUCUUUUAACACAUCAGUAUCAAAAUGUGCCAGAGAUGAAAUAAUUAAUUUGAAGAAACAUUCACAGACUAGACGAGCUGGUUGAAGUUUUGCUCUCAUUAAAUAACUUUUUUUUAGUAAUUUUAUGUUUUUCUGGUAUUUUUGUGUCUUUAUUCUGUUAAUAUUAUGACUUUAUUCUUGUAAUAAUAAUAGUAAUAAUGAAAAUGAUUUAUUCUGGCCCCAUUUCUCCUUCAUAGAAGGAGGCUGUUUCCUGUUUGCUUUUUAAUCUCGUAAAUAGAGGAAAAAUAUCAACUUUUUAGCCAUUUUAUACCAUUCAAGAACUAACGAGUUCAAAUAAGAAAAAACGGUUUAUUUGUAAAAGAAAAAUGUAAAAAUUAAAAUAUAAAUGAGAAAAAACAUUUGU